AUGAUACUGGAGGAGAUGUACAGGAGCGGGGUGAGGACCCCAAGUGCUCAACAGAUACAGCAAGUAACAGCACAUCUCUCCAACUAUGGCAGGAUAGAGGGCAAGAACGUGUUCUACUGGUUCCAAAACCACAAGGCUAGAGAGAGGCAGAAGCUUCGAAGGAGGCUUAGCAGGCACUACCAACUUCUUUGCUCGGGCCACUCACUCCCUCAUCACCAGUUGUACUGCAUGCAGGACGCUACUGCUUUCCCUCAUUCGCAGCACCAUGCGACUCCAACUCACUCCCUUCAUCUGGAGUCAAACGGAGGGCUGAAUCUGCUAGAGAAGAUGGAGAUCAGCAACGCCGAAGAAGCACCAGAAACGAAUUAUGAAGCCUUUGGCCAUGAAUGGACGUCCAUGAUGAUGCUUCCGAACCGUAGAUCUCUCAGGACUCUCGAUCUCUUCCCAACUACGAGCACCGGCCUCAAGGAUGAGUGCGCCACAUCCAAGCCCUCAUCUUCUACAUCGAUCAACUAA